GGAUGGGGCCAUGGUUUCGUUUUUAAGAGCAGAGAACUGUGGCACAACUUCCCCUUUAUGUGCUUUGUGCUGCCCUGCAUGGGAGACCUCCAAGCCUCGGCUCAGCCCUCACCCCCAGAAAUUGCAUCCUUACUGCUGGGACAAGGUCUUGGAAGAGCUUCUGGAGAGUUACUGAAGGAGAGAAUAUUUACCAGGAGUGAUUAAAGACAAUGGAUCCAGACUUUUUAAAUGCAUUUACACAGCCUUCUACACUUGAUCGAUUCCUAACUGAAGAUGUCAUUGCUAAAGGCGAGAAGAGGAAACUUAUAAAACCAACCUCAAGCAACAACCCCAAACUGGAAGAAUUGAAACUGUUCUUGACUGAGUGGAUCAACAGAACUCUGAAAGAGGAACACAUAGUAGUUAAAAGUCUGGAAGAAGAUCUGUAUGAUGGGCUGGUACUUCAUCAUCUCCUGGAAAACUUAGGAUCUCUCCAGCUGGAUGUUGAGAAGAUUGCAUUAACAGAAAAAAAACAGCGAAAGAAACUCUCAGUGAUUCUGGAAGUCGUGGCCAAGUGUUUGCAACUGGAAGAAAGUCAGCUGAAAUGGAGUGUGGAAUCUAUCUUGACAAAGGAUUUACUGAGCACACUGCAUCUUCUUGUUGCAAUAGCAAAGCACUUUGAACCCACCCUGGCUCUGCCUCCAAAUGUUCAAGUGGAGACAAUCACCAUUGAGUCCAUCUCUGGAGGAUUAAAGACAUCAAAUGCGGUGGAAUAUAUCACAGAAAACAAAGAGAAUAUAGAAGCGCAGUCAAAAGAUGAUGCCUUUGAUGAAUUAUUUAGCUGUGAUCCAGAUAAACUGGAUGCUGUAAAAAAGGCACUUUUGGAAUUUGUUGACCAGCAUGUUGGAAAAUUAGGAUUAAAUGUGAAAGACAUCGAAUCUCAGUUUUCAGAUGGGGUUGUCUUACUUCUCCUAAUUGGACAGCUAGAGGGCUACUUUCUGAAUUUAAGGAAUUUCUUCCUGACUCCGGUCAGCACCAUGGAAAUGCUCCACAAUGUUAACCUGGCACUGGAGUUGCUAGCAGAGGGAGGGCUUCUGAAUUUUCCUGUGGACUCUGAAGAUAUUGUGAACGGAGAUACGAAGGCUAUAAUGCGAGUUCUGUAUUGCUUGUAUUCCAAAUACAGAACCAAAGAAGCAUGAAGAACAAGGCCAAGAGCUUGAGCUGCCCUUUUUUUGUGUUCUUUUUUUUUUGUUUUGUUUUGUGGUUUGGUUUUUUUUUUUUGUUUUUUUUUGUUGUGUUGCUUUGUUUUGUUUUGUUUUUGUUUUGUUUUGUCCCUUGCAGUCCAUGGUAUGGUUUUUGGAUUCCCAGCUCUGUUUGCCACUGCUUCUGGGCAUGCACUGGUGUUUGACACUUGCUGUGUUAACACUGUAUAGCAAAUAUGUUGUUCAUGCAAGGUUUCACAUACACAGCCGGAGCAACUGUAAAUGUGUUUCCACAGCUGGUGUUAUUCUAGGGCUGUAGCUCUUCUUCCAGAUCCUGCCUUCUGUAUUCCCUGAGCCCUCCCAGUGCUGCAAAGAAAUUAAAUGUGUGUUUUUUCUGGGCCCUGUAUUCUUUGCUCCUGAA